AUGUACAAGAAGGAGAGAUCUUCUUGGGAAAGCACAUUCCCUCAAAGAAGAAGAACCCCAUCUUUCUCUUCAACUCUUCUUGAUUCUAUUUACCGUUCGAUUGAUGAAUCCAACGGUGAAGAACAUGUGUUAGGGAUCAAGAACAAAUCUGUCUCUACAACCAGGUGUGACGCAUCGUUUCUUGGAGAGGAGAAAGAGGUACCUACUACUCUUCGGCGAGCUGUGAUGAUUGAAAGUUGGAUGGAGAAGCAGAGCACUGGUGGCUCUGCGCAAUAUAAUUCGACUUCAAGCUCGUCAGAUUCUAGCUUUGCAGGAGGAGGAGGAGGUGGUGUGUUCUCGUCCUCUGAAAACGACUCAAGCGUCAGAGAAAAUCCAAGUUUUGUCCAAAAAAGAACCAAACCAGUACUUUCAGAUAAGCCACAACAGAAGCCAAAGUGUGAAGGAGGAGGCUUUACUAAGACAAAGCUAAAAGCAUUAAAGAUCUAUGGAGAAUUAAAGAAAGUAAAGCAGCCAAUUUCACCAGGUGGUCGCAUUGCAAGCUUUCUAAAUUCUAUUUUCAAUUCAGCAAGUGCUGCAAAAAAGGUGAAAAUAUGCUCCAUUGGGGCCAUGGAAGAUGUAAGUUUUGAGCGUAAAUCAAAGUCUACUUGCUCAUCGGUUACUCCCUUUUCAAGGUCUUGUUUGAGCAAAACACCCCCUCCAAGAGGGAAACCAAGUAAUGGUACAAAAAGAUCAGUUCGAUUCUAUCCUGUUAGUGUCAUUGUUGAUGAGGAUUCUAGACCUUGUGGGCAUAAGUGUAUUUAUGGAGAUGAUCCUGGAUUGAUGCCAAUGCCCCAAAAAGUUGUCAAAAGUAAUUCUGUCAAGGAAUUAGAGGUUGCUAAAGGAGCAGCUGCAGAUUAUUUAAGAAAUCAUCAUCAAAAGAAGAACGUUAGUGAAUUUGAUUUUAGGGGUUUUCACAGUUAUGUUGAAGAUGAAAGCGAUAGUGAUGAUGAGAGUUGUUCAAGCUCUAAUCUUUUUGAGCUUGAUCAUCUUAUUGGGAUUGGAAGGUACAAAGAGGAGCUCCCAGUGUAUGAAACCACUAAUUUCAAAACUAAUCAGGCCAUUGCUAAUGGCUUCAUUCUGUAA